AUGGAGGACAGGAUGCAUCGGUAUGUGAUAGGGUUUGAUCGUUAUUUGGUUGAUAGCUGUAUGGCGAUGGCAUCUCAGGUCGGCAUGGAUAUUGGCCGACUACAGGCCUAUGUGCAGGGAAUGGAGGACCGGCACAGGGGAGAUCAUUCUGGUAUAGAUCGUGAUAGGAGGCCGCCUAAGAGGUCCAGAUUAGCGAGACGACUUGAUGGAGUAGGGCCAUCUGGGGUCGACCAGAGUUCUAGAGCAUCAGGUCCACAGACGAGCAGAGGUUCUGGUCAGUCCAGGCCCCUUAUACCUCGGUGUUCUUAUUGUGGGAGAUCACAUCUUGGAGAGUGCUACCGAGCAACAGGAGCCUGCUUUUCUUGCGGCUGUCAAGGCCAUAUCAUGCGAGAUUGUCCAUUGGCGAGUGAUAUAGGUGGCGCAGUUCAGCCGACAGGAUCAGCUGCUGGUUUGUCGUCUACCCCUCCAGCUGCACUUUCUAUGGGAUGA